GCUUCGCCUUCACUCAACCAAGGAGCAUCUGAGGUGAAGCUGGCUAGUCACCCUCGUUUUCUUUCUUUGCGCCAGCCACACCGAGGUCGCAGAGGUUUCGUCCCAUCAUGCGGUAUCCCAUUCUUACCGUGGGGUUAUUAUCCCUUGCUUCGAGCCUAGUCAAUUGCACCUCGACGUCGCAUGUUGAGCCCGUCGAAAACCUGCGCCACGUGCCAAAGGGUUGGACUGAAGUCGGCGCGCCAGAUCAGAAUCGCCGGCUGCACUUUCGCAUUGCUGUCCAUCAGCAUAAUCAUGCUCUAUUCGACCAAACGCUCAUGGAAAUAUCAGACCCUAGCCAUCCACGGUAUGGGCAGCACUUGAAACGCGAUGAGCUUAAAGAGCUCGUCAAACCCCGUGCGGAGUCAAUCGAUGCAGUCCUCAACUGGCUGAAAGAGUCUGGGGUGGCUUCAGAUGAUAUCCAAACCGACGGAGAGUGGGUCAACUUUGUGGCUCCUGUGUCCACCGCCGAAAGGAUGAUGGCCACCACAUUCAAAACCUACCAGAGCGUAGAACGCGAGGAUAUCAAGAGGAUUCGCGCUCUCCACUACUCCGUCCCUGCCGAGGUUCGCGAGCAUAUCGACAUGAUCCAGCCUACAACACGGUUUGGUUCCAUGCGCCCUCAGAUAAGCCAGGUGCAUGAUGUGCAGGUUCUCGACUCGGUCAUGAGCGCAAAGUUCGCAAUGGUCAACGCAACAUGUAACACGCAAAUCACUCCGGCAUGCCUCAAGGAGCUAUAUAACUUCGCCGAUUUCAAGGCCGAUCCGAAGGCACACACCCUCAUCGGAGUCAGUGGGUUCCUCGAGCAGUACGCACGAUUCAAGGACUUUGCUCAGUUCGCCGGGCUUUGGGCACCUUGGGCAGUGGGCAGCAACUUCACUUGGACAUCCGUCAACGGCGGCAUCUUGGAUCAGCGUGCUACUAACGACAGCGUUGAGGCAAACUUGGACGUUCAAUAUACCGCUGGCUUGCUCGCACCAGACAUCAAGACCAAUUACUACAGCAACCCGGGUCGCGGACCGCUUGUUCCGGAUCUUGAUCAACCUUCCCAAGAGGACAAUCAGAACGAGCCCUACCUGGACUAUUUCACCUACCUCGUCGGCCUCCCCGAUGGCGAGUUGCCCCAUGUCCUGACUACCUCUUAUGGCGAGGACGAGCAGAGCGUCCCUGUUGAGUACGCAAAGAAGGUCUGCGAUUUGAUCGGCCAACUUGGCACGCGUGGUGUCUCUGUCUUGUUCUCUAGCGGUGACACCGGCGUCGGCUCUGCGUGUCAGACCAACGAUGGCAAGAAUAGCACCCGAUUCCUGCCUAUCUUCCCAGCAUCCUGCCCUUAUGUAACAUCUGUUGGUGGAACGACGAAGGUCAACCCCGAGCAGGCAGUUUACUUCUCAUCUGGCGGAUUUUCGGACAUCUGGCGGCGCCCCUCAUACCAGGACAAGGCUGUGUCUGCCUACCUCGCAAAGCUAGGUAGCCGGUGGGAAGGCCUCUACAACCCCGCCGGCCGUGGUUUCCCAGACGUCGCUGCACAAGCUCAGGGUUUCCGGGUUGUGGAUAAAGGUACACAAAUCUCUGUUGGCGGCACCAGUGCCUCCGCUCCAGUGUUCGCCUCCAUCGUCGCCAUGCUCAACAACAGGCGUCUUGCAGCCGGCAAGCCUACUCUGGGUUUCUUGAACCCGUGGAUCUACAGCCAGGCUUAUCAGGGUCUGAACGAUAUCGUCACUGGUGGCUCAACCGGCUGCACUGGCCGCAGCAUUUACUCGGGUCUCAAGGCGCCAUAUGUUCCGUACGCAUCUUGGAAUGCGACGGAGGGGUGGGACCCAGUCACUGGCUAUGGCACGCCUGAUUUCGGGAAACUGCUCAAAAUAUCCGAGGCUGGCGUGUAUGGUGGGCGAAAGGGACUGUAUGGGCACUACUAGAACAUGGAUUUGUUGAAGCGAUGG